AUGUGUUUUCUAAAAGCAGCAGCAGCAGCACCAGCUUCGGGAGUCUACAAUUACAUUGUAAACGAUGAGUGGGUGUUUAAGGAUGAAGAAACAGAAAGGGUGAAGCGAUGGAAAGCAAGCAAGAAAGAAAGAUUUCAAAGUGAGGCUUUGUCUAUGUCUUUCUUAAGAAUGUUUUCUUCUGCUUAA